GGACAUGUAACCAGUGGUUCAUUGUGAUUCAUUGACUGGAGCAAUUGCCCUUGGAGCCGAAGAAAAUCAACUAUUCAUCACCGAAAGUUAUUGAAAUUUUUUAUAAACAAUGGCUAAUCCCAAUCCUGUUAUUAAAUACACCCAGCUCUUUAUCAACAAUCAAUUCAUCGAUGCUGAGAGCAAAAAGAAAUUCUCGACAAUCAAUCCAUCGACUGGAAAAAUUAUCAUUGAUAUUGCUGAGGGGGAUAAAGCAGAUGUAAAUAAAGCUGUGGCAGCAGCAAAAGCUGCAUUCACUAGAGGAGCACCCUGGAGAGUGUUGAAUGCAUCAGGUCGUGGACUCCUCAUCAAUAAGCUUGCUGAUCUCAUGGAGAGGGAUGCUGAGCACCUCGCGAAUCUUGAAGCCCUAGAUAAUGGAAAAACUUAUGUCAGUGCUCUAGGAGACAUUGAAGCUAGUGUCGGUUGCCUGCGCUAUCAUGCUGGAUGGUGUGAUAAAAUCCAUGGCAACACGAUUCCCACUGACGAUGGCAACUUGGCGAUUACCAGAAAGGAACCCAUUGGGGUUGUGGGCCAGAUAAUCUCCUGGAAUUAUCCAAUACUAAUGCUCGUGUGGAAAUGGGGACCAGCUCUCGCCACUGGCUGCACAAUUGUUCUUAAACCUGCAGAGCAGACUCCCUUGACAGCCUUGUACAUGGCAGCACUCGCCAAAGAAGCUGGAUUUCCCCCAGGAGUUGUCAAUGUCAUCCCAGGAUACGGACCCACUGCUGGGGCUGCCAUAAGCGAUCAUCCAGACAUUCGCAAAAUCGCAUUCACUGGAUCCACUGAAAUUGGUCAUUUAAUCAUGGGAGCAGCAGCCAAAUCCAACUUGAAACGUGUCACUUUAGAGUUGAGCGGAAAAAGUCCUGUUGUUGUAUUCGAUGAUGCGAAUGUGAAAGAAGCAGCUGCAAUAGCCCACCAGGCGGUUUUCGGAAAUCAGGGUCAGAGCUGCUGUUCUGGUUCUCGUACGUUCGUUCAAGCAAAGAUCUACGACGAAUUCGUGAAGCUAUCGAAAGAGCUGGCCCUCAACCGCAAAGUCGGUGAUCCCUUCGACAAGACAGUGGUUCAGGGACCGCAGGUUGAUCAAGAAAUGUUCGAUAAGAUCAUUGGAUUAAUAAAAUCUGGGAAAGAUGAGGGAGCAAUUGUCGAGGCUGGUGGUGAACGCCAAGGAACUGUUGGCUUCUUCAUUAAACCUACUGUCUUCUCGAAUGUCAAGGAUCAGAUGAGAAUCGCCAAGGAGGAGAUUUUCGGACCUGUCCAGUCUAUUUUUAAAUUCAAUACUAUUGAGGAAAUUAUUGAAAGGGCUAAUAACACGACUUAUGGGUUAGCUGCUGGUGUCAUUACCAAUGAUAUCAAUAAGGCACUCCAAUUCUGUGAGUCUAUUGAGGCAGGAAGCGUCUGGGUCAACUGCUACGAUGCUAUUACUCCCCAGACUCCGUUUGGAGGGUAUAAAAAGUCUGGAAUUGGUCGUGAGCUUGGUGAGGAUGGUCUUGACGCAUAUUUAGAGACUAAGACAAUCUCAAUUAAGAUGCCACGUCUGAAGUGAAGAUUGUAGUACAAUCUGUUUCCGAAUUUUUAUACGAUUUGACAUUAUUUUUUUAUCGCUUGAAUAAAAUACAGCAUCCAUUACAAGUA